AUGUCUCAGACAGACCUUUCCACACGUUCUCAGACGACCAUUGCACCCAGCCAUGCCAGUGCAGAGGCUCCAAAGCCCGAUCCCCUACCAGCCCGCCCGGACAACCCUGUUCCUGGACGCGUCUUUGACGCCCCGGGAGAAAUCACACUCUGCCCUAACACAUGGGCCAAAGUCCGAAAUUCCAUACGCGAACCAGUAGCAGAGUUCCUGGGCACUAUGAUCCUCUGCAUAUUCGGGAACGGUGUUAACUGUCAGGUAGUCCUGUCCAGCAAUACAGAUGUAGCGCCUAUGCAAAAGGGGGAUUAUCUGUCUGUCUGUUUCGGAUGGGCCACUGGCCUUGCCCUCGCAGUGUGGAUAUCAGGCGGCGUUUCCGGCGGACAUGUCAAUCCUGCGGUUACGCUCUCGUUGGCUGUGUUCCGCCGGUUCCCGUGGAAGAAGGUGCCUAUAUACAUGUUCGCGCAGCUGUUGGGCGCUCUGUGCGGAGGAGGUAUCGCGUAUGGGAAUUACUACCAUGCCAUUGAUAUAUUCGAGGGGGGAAGGCGGACUGUUCCAGGUACUGCUGUCCUAUUCAGCUCGUACCCGUUGGACUACCUAACAAAUGCAUCUGCUUUCUUCUCCGAGUUCUUGGGCGCUGCGAUUCUCAUUAUUGUAGUGUUCAGUCUAAUGGACGCUACUAACGGCUCUCCCCCCACGGGCAUGGUCCCUCUGGCUCUGUUUAUAACUCUGCUGGGCAUCUCAGCUGCCUUGGGUAUGGAGACAGGUUUCUCAAUCAACCCCGCCCGCGACCUCGGGCCUCGCAUCUUCACCGCAAUGGUCGGGUACGGACGAGAAGCCUACCACGCGCUUACACCUCCGCUAUUAUUCCACGACCAUCUAGUAUUCAAUUUCAGGCACCAGUACUGGAUAUGGGGCCCCAUCCUCGGGGCGUUCUCGGGGGCGCUCGUGGGCGCGCUCGUAUACGACGUCUUCAUCUUCCGCGGUGCCGAGAGCAUAAUCAAUACGCCGGAUGCGGCCGCGAGAGAGCGCAACGCACACGCAAGGCACGAGCAGCGGCCCAAUCCCGCUGGCGUUGAAAUUAAGCAGAAGAGCUUCAUGGACACCGACCUGGGGCAGCCGAACAUGAAGGAAUAUUGGAGAGCGCCGCCGUCGACGCGCAUGGAGGUCCGGGGCGAGGAGCCGGGAGGUCAUUUCAUUAUCUGCGCGUCCGCGAUCGCGUUCGGCGGGCAGAAGUCUGAUGCAUAG